GACGCCCUCGAGCAGUACAUGGCAUCUCCACACGCUCCUGCUGUCAGAGAAGCUGUGAGCGCUGCCGUUCUCACAUAUGAAGAAGCUGAGAGCACUGCUGUCCUCACAUACGAAGAAGCUAAGCGGACUGCCUUCCAUGCAUAUGAAGAAGCUGAGAGUGCUGCCUUCCACGCUUAUGAAGAAGCUGAGACCGCUGCCGUCCACGAAUAUGAAGAAGCUGUGAGCGCUACCCUCCAUCAAUAUCAAGGAAACCGGUCUACUUGGAUGGCGAAGUUACCCUUCGAGCGCAGGAAGGAGAGGAGGGAAAAAGAAUCUUUUGAACGCUCUCAAGCGAACUUGAAGAUGAAACAAGAUUUCGAACGUUCUCAGGAGGAAGCGAAACAGGCUUUUGGGUGUUCUCGGGAGCAAGCGAAACAAGCUUUUGAAAGCUCUCAGGAGAAACUGAAACAAGCUUUUGAACGUUCUCGAGAGAAACUGGAACAAGAGUUUGAACAACGUUCUCAGGAGGAAGUCAAACGUCUUGCGAGGGUGGAGUUACUCGAAAAAAUUAUUCAAAUCACUUUACAGUAUCGCCUGCCAAGACCUCAAGGCAAUGCAACAUAGCGUCAAUGUUGUUCCGGUUCGAAGUGGAGUUGAGGUGUUUCGGCGGUGAAUGCGGGCUUCUUGAAUGCGGUUUGUCGAAGUAGUUUCAGGAGGUGGAUCUGUACGAAAUAUCUGUAUGAUCAUACAAUCUGGCGUUUUUUUUUUGGUAUGGGGUAUACGUCUUUGAAUGAUGUCGGUCACCCUCAGCCGAGACGGUAGCGAGACCGAUUGGGCUUGAUUGUCAGUUGUACCUCCCAAUUACCCGUGGUCUGAUUGCAAGUGGAUUGAGGUCUUGUAUGUGUA